CGCGCUGCCGGGCAACAGGGUCCCCAGCCCACCCCCGGCCGGGGGAGGCGCGUGAACCUGCCAGUCACUCCCUCCGGAAGUGAGGGCAAAAGGCGACAGCGGCUCUGGAAUGCUAUACAGGCAGAGCUGCGGACACCUAAGAAGACGCAAUCUCCGCGCUAGGUGGGGCGGGGCUCCGCGAGGACCUCAUCCUGAAGGGAUAACUUGGGAAGCGAAGGUUGUCAGUAGAGAAGGGGCGUCCGGUGGCAACGGAGGACCUGACAAGAUUGAGGACCAGAGAGGGAAUGUGACCUCUCCAAAGUCACAGCUGGACAAGAACCUAAGUCUAUAACUGAAGAGACCAGAGAUCUUUCUAUUACACUCUUGGGAAACAGACCCUAAGAUCUUUGCAGAUUAUCUUCUGGGGAAAAAAUGCCUAAAGUCAAAAGAAGCCGGAAAGCUCCCCCAGAUGGCUGGGAGUUGAUUGAGCCAACGCUGGAUGAAUUAGAUCAAAAGAUGAGAGAAGCUGAAACAGAACCUCACGAGGGAAAGAGGAAAGUGGAAUCUCUGUGGCCCAUCUUCAGGAUCCAUCACCAGAAAACCCGCUAUAUCUUUGACCUCUUCUACAAGCGGAAAGCCAUAAGCAGAGAACUGUAUGAAUAUUGUAUUAAAGAAGGCUAUGCAGAUAAAAACCUGAUCGCAAAAUGGAAAAAGCAAGGAUAUGAGAACCUAUGCUGCCUGCGGUGCAUUCAGACACGGGACACCAAUUUUGGGACGAACUGUAUUUGCCGGGUCCCCAAAAGCAAGUUGGAAGUGGAGCAAGGGUGUACACUGAAUUUGCAUAAAUUAAGCCCACACAGAGGUGUAACUGCAGCAUCAACAGCAGCUGUUUCCGUUUUCACAAGGGAACCAAGUUUUCCCCAUUCAGCACUGUCACGGAGGGUUUCUGAGGAGGGUCCUGUGGGGAGUGAGUGUCCUGUGGGGAAUGAAUGUCCAGUGGCCACCCUUCCCGCAGGAGGAUUCCUGCGUGUGGGCGUGUGGCCCGCGGCAGGGGCGCAGGGUCUCAACUGUCCUCUGUUUGCAGGGCCGGAUCAUCGAGUGCACACACUGCGGCUGCCGGGGCUGCUCCGGCUGAGACCGGCGGGCCCCGACCCCCUGUCCGCCCUGGACCCUGGACUGCGCAGGUUUCUCCCUGUCAACGCCACCCUUUCCUGGGAGCAGCUCUUCCUCAGAGCGGCCCCCCAGGCCCGAUAGGAGCAUGGUCCCUACGUGUGAAGGCUUUGGUGUUUGUCAGCUGUGAUUUGUAGAAAUAAAA